UUGUAUUCACAACAAUCUUUUGUAUAAUUUUAGCGUUUUGGUCACGAACACAUUUAGAUAAGAUAAGAUAUACUUUUUAUUGAACCCCGUGGAGUAAUUUGUCCUCUGCAUUUGACCCAUCCUUAGUUACCUAGGAGCAGUGGGCAGCCACAGUGCAGCACCCGGGGACCAACUCCAGUGGGCAACUGCAGGAGCGCACCUAACGUGCAUGUCUUUGAGUGUGGGAGUACCCGGAGUAAACCCACGCGAACACGGGGGAGAACAUGCAAACUCCACGCAGAGAGGAUUCGGGCGGACUCGGGUUCUAACCACAAACCUCCUUCUUGCGAGCCAACAGUGCUAACCACUAUGCCACCAUGCCCGCCCAUUUAUACGAUCUACAAUUUUGCUGGAACUGAAUGUGUGUUUUCAAAUUACAUCAGCAUGUGUGAUUAUGUAUUAGAUACACUGAAAUCAUUUGGGUACUCGUAAGUUUUUCAAGCGAGAAUGCACAAAUAAAUUAUGUAGGCUAUUGCUGGUUAGGGGCACGAUUUUAUGUACCUAUAGGCUUCCUUCCGUGUGUCAUACAUUUGUACCGCUUUAGGCUCAUUUACAUACCCCCUUCUUUGAGAGUGUACGUACAGAUUCUGUUUUUUUGUCACUGCAUCUCGAGCCUGAGCGACAUGGCAAUGUGAGAUGUACAACAUUUGACUAAUCGAAUGCGGUAAUCCCGCUGUCGCUGACGCGGCGUUUCUUUCCUUUGUACCGCUACACGCUGGGGACGCAUCAAACUGCACAGUAAGCGAUAACGCACUGAAACACGCGCAGUUGUUUCACGAGGAUUGGGAAAUAGUAACGGAUCGUCUUCCAUUUUUUUCUUCACCAUUCAGGCGGACAGUAGCCUAUUUUCGUAUUAUAGCAUCUAUUGUGAGUUGUAAACGCGUUCAGUUUAAUUUCAGAGUAGAAUCGACCAAAAAGCUACCCUCCUAGAAACUAGAGCAAUGUGGAAUGUGGGGUGUUGAAAACUAAUAGUAAACACUGCUACUUGUAUUGUACAAGUAGCACCCGGGUUGAUUCCUGAUAAAAUGUGAUACAUCCAUCUUUUUGUUCAUCCGAAAUGAACGCUUGUGUUUUAAAGUAGCAGUUAUUAAAUGCCUGGCCUGCUGUACCAAGCACUGCAAUGUAGUUUGAAUAGUGAAAUCGCUUCCAAUUAAAGAACGCAAGCACUGCAAUCCCGAAACAGUGGUUUAAGUUACAAAUAUAGGCAGAAGCGGAAUGUCGUCCCUAAAAUCAAUUAACGUGUGAAAAAAAUACCUGAAACGACAGUUGAAUAAUUGGUAGCCUAAUUAAACUGCUAAAGUCCAAUCACAUAAGUAAAUCUUAAGUCAGUCGUUCUCCCCAUCGCCGCACAACCGCAGUUUCUGGUUGCCUUGUUGCCAGGAGAGCAAUGCAGCUGAAGAACUGCAUUGGAGAACCGACAAACCGUGUUAACGGAUGAAGCAAAUAGAACCUGUUGUCGCAGCCCCGCUGGAUUCAGCGCGGUCCGAAGUCAGCAAGUAUGAAGAGCUUAAGCGGAGAAAGAAGUAGCCUAUUGCAUCCACCGCAUUGGCUGGCACGCGCAUCAAGGUACCCUGAGGGACUAUCCUCUUCCAUUGGUAAGGCGCCGGUAGCAAUGGCGGCUCACCGCCACCGGGGGGCCACCUACACCUAUCUAUAUUCGCUUCAUAAAACUGCAGUUCUGCCUCCACCCCUUUCAACCGCUACACACCCUCCCUGUCAAUUCUUCCAAUUCACAUUCUUGCAGCCCUGCAGCGGAGAACGAGCGAGAUCGAAGUAGCCUAACCGACCUCCGAGAAUACUGCAGUCAUGGCAACUACUGGAGCACCAAUGUUUGUGGAUCAAAGUGACUUUGAUUAUGACUACGAAACCCUCAGAACCACGGGGGUGAUCCUGGCCGUGGUCAUGUUUGUAAGCGGGAUCCUGAUUGCGUUGACUCGAGUCCGGUCGAAGGCUCACAGCUACCAAAGACAGAAGUGCCUCCACAGACUGUAUAAGGAGACAGGCGCAUGGGCGGGGGCGGGGGAGGGGGGGGUGGGGUGGUCGGCUGCCUGGCUGUUCUUGGAUUCACACCUGAGAAAGCAGCCCCCCCCCCCCACCCCCCCACCCCCGCAGGCCCAAUUCACAGACUGAGUGGCAAACCCACAAGAUGCUGACCGGUGCUUUCUCUUUGUACGAGACGUCUGUUCCGCCCAAGCUGCUCUCUCCCUGCUGGUUGCGUCCGCCUGCUGGUGCUAUGUGCAAGCAUCCGAUAAUGCUCUCUAAUGCAUAACCCCACUUUAUUACUACAGGGUAACUGAUAAGUGACUUACGAUUACAUUUUGCAAUAAA